AACGAAUGUUGAUUUUUGAACCCAUCGUUAUCCACACACAAACGCGCAGCGUUUCCAACUGUAAAACCCCGCCCUCCCAAAGCCACUGCAGUCAGUCAGCUCUCCUCCCCAGCUCUGGCUCUGCUCCAUCCCGCGCCGGCCGGACGGGAGGAUUAAACUAAACCGACACCACCUUCUUCCUUCCCAAAUCCAAGACAAAACAACAACAACUCGGCAGCAAAAAAAGAAUCAGCAAAAACAGUAGGGAAAUGUCCCUCCUCCUCCUCACCGCCCCCUCCUUAUUAUUAUUCUCUUCAUCAUCCUCAUGUACUAUUAUUAUUGCAAAUUCGGGGGCGCGGGCGCGGCCUCGGGCUCGGCCUGGUCAUCGGUUAGUUUUGGCGUCGGCAUCGGGGGGGAGGAGCAGGGCGGCGCCGCGGGAGAUGGUGCUGGGGAAGCCGACGGUGGCGGUGGAGAAGGGCAAGUACGGGUACGACGUGGAGACGCUGAUCGACAAGCUGAGCAGCCUGCCGCCGCGCGGCAGCAUCGCGCGCUGCCUGGAGGCGUUCCGGCAGCGGCUGUCCCUCGCGGACUUCGCGCUGGUCUUCCGGGAGUUCGCGCGGCGCGGCGACUGGCAGCGGUCGCUCCGGCUCUUCAAGUACAUGCAGCGGCAGUCGUGGUGCCGCCCCGACGAGCACAUCCACGCCAUCCUCAUCGGCGUGCUGGGCCGCGAGGGCCUGCUCGACAAGUGCCUCGACGUCUUCCGCGACAUGCCGGCCCACUCCGUCCCGCGCACCGCCCUCUCCUACACCGCCCUCGUCAACGCCUUCGCCCGGAACGGCGACCACGCCGCCGCGCUCUCCCUCCUCGCCCAGAUGCGCCGCGACCGCGUCGCCCCCACCGCGCUCACCUACAACACCGCGCUCCGCGCCUGCGCCCGCGCCGACCUCCCCUGGGACCGCCUCCUCUCCCUCUUCGCCGAGAUGCGCCACGACGGCGUCCGCCCCGACCUCGUCACCUACAACACGCUCCUCGCCGCCGCCGCCGCCCGCGCCCUCCCCGACCAGGCCGAGCUCGUCCUCCGCGCCAUGCUCGAGGCCGGCGUCGCCCCCGACCGCGCCACCCACGCCCGCCUCGUCGACACCUUCGCCGCCGCCGGCCGCCUCGACCGCGUCCCCCAGCUCCUCGCCGAGAUGGCCGCCGGCGGCCACCUCCCCCGCGACGACCCCGACGCCUACAACGUCCUCGUCGAGGCCUACGCCCGCCGGGGCGCCGCCCGCGAGGCCGUCGCCGUGCUCCGCCAGAUGCAGGCCGCCGGCUGCGCCCCCACCGCCGCCACCUACAGCCUCCUGCUCGGCCUCUACGGCCGCAGCGGGCGCUACGACGACGUCCGCGAGCUCUUCCUGGAGAUGAAGGUCGGCGGCACGGCCCCCGACGCCGCCACCUACAACAUCCUGAUCGCAGUUUUCGGGGAGGGGGGCUACUUCCGGGAGGUGGUCACGCUGUUCCGCGACAUGCUGGAGGAGAAUGUGGAGCCCAAUAUGGAGACCUACGAGGGCGUCGUCUCCGCCUGCGGCAGGGGCGGGCUCCACGAAGACGCCAAGGCCGUUCUUGCCCACAUGACCGCCGGAGGGCUCGUGCCCAGCGCCAAGGCGUACACCGGAGUCGUCGAGGCUUACGGGCAGGCGGCGCUGUACCAGGAGGCUUUCGUUGCUUUCAACACGAUGCACGAGAUCGGGAGCCCCCCGACCGCGGAGACCUACGAUUCCCUGCUGCGCUCGUUCGCGAGAGGCGGCCUCUUCAAGGAGGCGCAGGCGAUCCUCGCGCGGAUGGACGGAGCCGGGAUUCAGAGAAACGAGGACUCGUUCAACGGGCUCAUCGAAGCGUAUUGCCAGGGCGGGCACUUCGAGGAUGCCCUGAAGGCGUAUGUGGAAAUGCGCAAGUCGAGGUGCAAUCCGAACGAGCGGACUCUCGAGGCGGUUCUAAACGUCUACUGCACGGCCGGGCUUGUCGACGAGAGCAAGGAGCAGUUCCAAGAAAUUCAGGCAAUGGGGGUCGUGCCCAGCAUCACGGCUUACUGCAUGCUCCUCUCUCUGUAUGCUAAGAAUGACAGGUGGGAUGAUGCAUAUGAACUACUGGAUGAAAUGAAAUCAAAUCGAGCUUCUAGCAGUCAUCAGGUGAUUGGCUCGAUGAUUAAAGGGGAGUAUGACGACGAAUCCAACUGGCAGAUGGUGGAAUAUGCCUUCGACAAAUACAACGCUGAAGGUUGUGGAUUUGGUUUGAGAUUCUACAAUGCGCUUCUGGACGCACUUUGGUGGUUGGGCCAAAAGGCCCGGGCAGCGAAGGUUCUUAGCGAAGCAACAAAACGCGGGCUCUUUCCCGAGCUUUUCCGUCAAAGCAAACUGGUGUGGUCUGUAGAUGUACACAGGAUGUCAAUAGGUGGUGCACUCACAGCUGUAUCGGUGUGGCUCAAUGACAUUUAUGAUAGGUUCAAAAGAGGGGAUGAUCUUCCUCACUUGGCUUCAGUUGCUGUAGUACGUGGGGAGAUGGAGAAAAGUUCCAUGACAAGAGGACUACCGAUAGCGAAGGCUGUGUUUUCAUUCCUAAAGGAUAACAUUUCUUCUUCGUCCUUUCAUUUCGCGGGAUGGAACAAGGGGCGAAUCGUGUGCCAGCGAUCUCAGUUGAAAAAGCUCCAACUGGCGGUAUCAGAACAAGCUUCUGUGGAUGAGUCUCUCAUGGAGGAUCUGCUUGUUUCGACAACAAAUUCGCCCUUUCCACUUCCUGGUAGCAAAAUACACACCGCAGAACCUCACCAACCUGACGAUGAGGGGAAAGAUAGCGGUAGUGAUUCUGAGAUGUUGAGCAAUCGUACAGAAGUUGAGCUUCUUCCACUAUGAAUGUACUUUUUACAGACCUUGCUCAUUAUUAACACUGGGCAAGCCCUCCUAAUUAGUCACUAACAGGAAGUACGAUAUGAAUAACCUCCACGACCAAGCUUGUGUGUUAUGAAAGCGAUUGAUAGAGAUUUCAUGCCCGCAGAAGCUGAGCCUGCAUUAUUUUGACAUGGUUUUAACUUUUGCCUUAUUUUCUGUCCCUGGUCAAGAACUGGUGUUUAACAACAAAUGAUUCGGUGGGAGUCUCCAGCUGCAUCAGAGCUUCCAGAGGUGAAUUUCCCAGCAUCGACGGCCGAAUUCAAAGGCAAGCUACAAUAUGUGAAUCUUUUCUCUCAUGAUGUAAAGAAGGUCCCAAAUUUUGUUCGAAUCUUUUCAGUUUCUCUUUUUCUCAAUUAGAUGCUUUGAAAUUUUGCUGAGAUGCCAUUAGAUAAUCAGAAAACCAGCGAAGCUUACAUGGUGCAGUCAAAAGGUUCUCUUUUUUUUAUAUAUAUAAGAUGACCUUCAGAGGAUGGUUUUUUUUCC